AUAACUGAUGAGCUUCACAGGGAAUAUUUCCCUUCUGCACAAACAAGUUUGCUUGACCGUGAUAGUUCGGAUGAUGAGGAAUAUUCAUCUGACAGUGAGAGUGAUGAUAUGAACAAAAAUGAUAUUCAUGACAGAUGUCAGCUUUAUGCCUGCCAAACUAAUACGACAGAAAGCAAGUCUGAAGAUGUCUCAAUGUCUGAUUUGGAGCAAAUAGUUAGAGAAAAGGUUAAUGAUGGUUGUCAUUGUCAAAUGAAAUGUAUUUCAAACUUAAGUUUUGAGGAGAUUUUGGGGCAUAUAUGUUGCAUGAAAGAACUUUCAAAUGAGGAGAGAGAUAUGCAUCUUAUGGGGAAGCUGAAAUGUAGUGGCACCGGGGAUGAUUCUGGUAAACAAAUCAAAAGACAAAGAUAUUACAACUUUGAUGACAGAGAGAUUUGUAAAGACGCAUUUCUUUUCAUUCAUGCCAUUGGGGAAAAAUACCUCAAAAACUUAGUAAGACACAUGAAAACCAACGGCAUCAGGCCACGGAUACACGGGAAUACUGGGAAAACACCGCACAAUGCCCUGAAAUAUGACGAUACACAGUAUGUUGUAAGCUUUAUUCAGAGAUAUGCUGAGGAACACGGCCUUCCAAUGCCAGCAGCUCCAAGAGGUAGGGAUACUGAACCACCAAUUUUCUUACCUUGCUCUCUCACCAAGAAGGAUCUGCACGCAAGUUAUUCUGAAGCAUGCAGCACUUCAGAUUUACGAUGUGUGAAGUUGUCCUCUUUUUAUGCCAUAUGGUCUACGUGCCUGCCCAGCAUCCAGAUUGCCACACCGAGGACAGAUGUAUGUAGUACAUGUGAGCAUCAUAGAGUUAAAAUCAUGUAUGCACACACUGAAAAUGAAAAGCUGGAUGCCACACGGCUAUUCACAGAGCAUCUCAAUAAAGCAGAAAGAGAACAUAAACAUUACAUUAAAUGCAUCGAAGAAGCAAGGAUAGAACACCGGAAUUUAUUCCUAGAAAAUGCUCCACAUGUAGCUUGUUCCACGGAAUAUGUAAAGUCUCAUUACACGUUUGAUUUCGCUCAAAAUGUAACUGUUCCACACCAUUCUAGGCAAGUUGGACCUCUUUUCUUUGAAACACCAAGAAAAAUACAAAUAUUUGGAAUUUGUAUGGAAGGAUCCAGUACCCAGUACAACUACCUCCUUGAUGAGGACAAGACAAUAGGGAAAGAUGGCAAGAGUACACAUGGACCAAAUACCGUUUUGAGUAUCCUUCACCAUCAUUUUCAAGAGUUCGGGUUUGGGGAGAAAUCUGCGGUACUACAUUGUGACAAUUGCGGAGGACAGAACAAAAACAGAUACACCAAAGGAUACUUACUUUGGCGAGUCAUGGUUGGACUACACUGGGCCAUUGAGUUAAACAUGCAAGUUCCUGGGCACACCAAAUGCCAAGUUGAUGCAGGCUUUGCACAGAUCAAAAAGAAAUAUCGAAGGGCAGAUUGUGACACAAUAGAGCAUCUCGCUGAAGUAGUUAACAAAUCUUCUCAUGGCAAUAAAGCUGUAAUCGUACAGGACAGGAACCUGGCUUAUUACAACUGGAAGGAGUUUGUGAAAAAUCACUUCAAACUAAUAAAAGGUAUAAGAAAAUUCCACCAUUUUCGGAUUUCAGCUUUGCAAACAGGAGUUGUCUUUUGCAAAACAGAUGUAGAUAGCCAAGAGGUCCCUAUUGCCUUAACAGAUAAAGAUGCGCCUGGGGAUUUUCCACAGAAAAUAUUACCGGGAGGUUUAAGCAGAGAAAGGCAGUCAUAUUUGUUUAAACACAUCAGGCCAUAUGUCAGACCAGAGUUCAGGGAUGUUACAUGCCCCCCAUUAUUAAACGAAGAAUGA